CUCAAACACUGGUCUAUUAUCUGAUCGCCUCGGCUGGCGAUCGCUAUCACUAUCUGGCUUGUACCGUGUCUUACUCGCAUCCUCGGUCCGUCGCAUUAGUUGGUCCUCGAUUUCUGCUUCAUUAUUGUCUGGGCCCCGUCCGUCCUAUCGCAUCAGCAACCCCUGGAAAUCCUAAUUGUAAGACAUCCCACGAGUUCGAGUAACUCCUCGAGUCUUUCAUCCUCGAUCAUCGAAUUUUAUCGCUAUCGCCUCUCAAUUUCCACGUCUGCGCCGCUUACCAAUCUCGUCCGGAACCAACUCGCAACCCCCUCGCAACUCGACUCGUGCCGCCCCUCUCGCCUGCGUGGAGCCUUAUCAAGCGUGGACUCCUGGACUCGCAUUUCUCGAGGCAUGACUGGCAAUUCAAUCCAGUCCACCCGCACAAGCCCACGGUCUUAUAGUACCACUCAACGCACACCCUCCGCUUCGUCGGGCGCGUCGCCUACUCAUCAGUCGUUUUCUUCCUUGCAAGCGCCUUCGACGGCUCAGAAUGAGAUGUCGGCCGACGUGUACCACCCAUCUGCGUCGCAGGCACCGACUUCUAUUGGCCCGGAUUUCGCCUCCUAUUCCUUCAGCCCAUCCUCCAGCUUUGACACCAUGCCCUCGAAUCCCUCCUCCUUUGACGCCAUCUCGUCCGCAGCCAUGCGCCUAGGUGACUCGGAUCGACCGGCGCAGAAUUUCAACGGCUUCAUCCGACCGGCAGACGCGGCGGGUGGUGGCGCGAUUUUGAUGCGAAAACUCCCCAAGAAUAUGAGUCGCGAGGCCUUGCGCAGCAUGUUUUUAUUUUCCAAUGAGCUCUUGGAUGCUGAUUUCGUCCACUCGGAUCUCCCGGAAGAUGCCGGUUUUCUCAGUGCGAUCGCGCGGUUCAGCAGCAUGGCUGCGGCGGAAGAGGCGCGGAAACUGCUCGAUGGCAAGCCAAACUCCAAGAACGACGCCACCAUGGUAGUCGACAUCUACAACAGCGGCCCGGCACAGCCUUUCCUUCCUCGCCGCAAUACGAUCGACCAUUCUGCCGCGAGUCGUGGCCUACUGAACAACGGGCCAUCUACGCGACAGUCGCGUUUCAAUGGUACAUUUCAAACUAUGGAGAAAUUAUCCUCGACACACCCUGCCGGUUCAUCCGCCAACGAGUCUCUCCCGCCCUCCUCCGAGUCGAACUCGCGUUUACAUGGUUUCUUUUCUCCUCAGUCGCCGCUCGGAAAUGGUGUUUCCGAGUUUCAACGCGUAAGCGGGAAGUCGAUGAUCGACCAAGAUAUCGAUGAGGAUACAGGAGAGCUACUCAAGGACCCUGUCGGUUACGCCGAAAAUGGCCAUUCCGCCUCUGUCUCAGCUCCGCGCCGAUCUACCAACCCACAAAUUCCAACCAGCCAUUUUGCCAACCUCUCGUUGACAACCAACAUCUCACCGCCGUCGAUGCAAAAUUACACUUCCGGGGGUUCGGCGCACAUGGCGAUUCCAACGCCAUCAUCAGCAUACACCCCACCCAUGAAUGGCGCCGUGGGCAACCCAGGGUUUCCCUAUAACUCCCAGCAUACGGCUCGGCACAGUUUUCCAGCUGCCAACCCGAAUGAUAUGAACCCUCCUUGCAAUACUCUCUAUGUGGGUAAUCUCCCACCAGAUACUCAGGAAGAGGAGUUGAAGGCGUUGUUCUCAAAACAGCGCGGCUAUAAGCGCCUUUGCUUCCGAAACAAGCAGAACGGCCCCAUGUGCUUCGUGGAGUUUGAGGAUGUGCGCACAGCAGGCAAAACUCUUAACGAGCUAUACGGCUACAAACUCUCCAACAGUAUCAAAACCGGCAUUCGUUUAAGUUUCUCGAAGAACCCGCUUGGAGUGCGUUCAGGACAGCAGGGCUCCAUUAGUUCGUCGAACAAUCUCCCCCAGCAAGGUGCUAUUCAGGGCGGCGCUGGCCUUGGGGGAAUAUCGAACCACAUGUUCUCCACGGUCAGCGGACCGCCGCCGGGUCUGGCGACACCACCUGGCCUGAUGCCGCCAAUGGGGCUUAGAAACAACGGCAUUAUGCACCCCACCGGUUAUUCCCACACACAUAUGCCCAUGAACGGAAUGAACGGGAUGAACGGCUCAUUCAAUCCCAACGCUGGCCUGGGUAUUCGACCAAAUCCCUUGAACCCGCCGAUGAUGCCACCGCAGCCUAUCCACAACGGCGGAGCAAACGGCGGCAAUAUAGGGCAGCGCUCUGGCAAUGCCACCCCGAACUACGACUACAUGAUGGGGCGGUAG